AUGGCGCUGAUGGUGAUGAUGACAACAACACCACCUCCGGCGACCACUGCGAAAACAGAUGAGGAGCGGGCGGCGGGACUGAUGCCCCGAUUCCGGAAUCCAGCGACAAAGGGGGGAAAGCUUGUAUUCCCGUAUUGCAUGUUCCGUGUUUCGCCGGACAGGACGAUCCAGAAUGCCGUCGUAACAUUUAAUUUCCGUCAACUGGUUUUUGGCGAGAAGGGGAUGGGCCGCUGGAAUCCGGGGAUACUGAGGGAUCCAGGACGCCAGUACUCUGGCACUCCGGAACUCUGGCACUCCCAGGGGAUGAGUGCUCCACGUAGACACAACAUCACGUCGCCGUUGCCAUCACCGGCGCCCCUGUCGCCCAAGGACUACGCAGGACUCGCCGGCUGUUCGGCGCUGGCUUUUGUCCUGUACCUAAACACACUUAACGCUGGAUUUGUCUACGAUGACAGACGCGCCAUCUUGGCCAACGGAGACGUGACAGCAGCUCGGCCACUGUCUCAUCUUCUGCGGAAUGACUUCUGGGGCACUCCGCUGGUGGAUAGCGGCUCCCACGGCUCCUGGCGUCCGUUGAGUGUGCUCAGCUUCCGAAUGAAUUUCCUGGUGGGCGGUUUGAACCCCAUUGGCUAUCACCUGGUCAACGUGCUGCUCCACUGCCUGGCCACCGGACUGGUGGUGCUCGUUGGACAUACGCUCUUGCCAUUUCGUGUGGGAGCCUUGGUCGCCGGUCUGCUUUUUGCUGCUCAUCCGAUACACACGGAAGCGGUGGCCGGAUUGGUGGGACGAGCAGAUGUGGUGGCUUGUGUGUGUUACCUUCUCUCCUACCUUGCCUAUCGCCGGCACAUGGUCAGCCGGGAAUGGGGAUCAUUGGUUCUUACCAUUGUCCUUGCCUUGACCGGAUUGCUCUGCAAGGAGACGGCCAUUACGGCGUUGCUACUUUGCGGAUUGUGUGACGUGAUGUCAGCAAUUGGAAGGGAAAAUUGUGAUAAGCACCGACUGCGAUCUCUUUCCAUAUUGAGUGUCACCUUGCUGUGUGCCCUGUACUGCCGCCUGAGUGUCCUGUCACUUCCCUCCGCAGCCUUCUCCGUGGCGGACAAUCCGGCAGCUCAUGAGUCCUGCAUUUGGACUCGAUUCCUGACCUUUAUGUACCUGCCAGUGGCCAAUUGCCGCCUGCUUUUGUGGCCCCAGGAACUAAGCUUCGAUUGGGGUAUGGAGGCGGUGCCACGGAUCAAAACGCUCUGGGAUGCCAGGAAUAUGCUGAGCAUCGGCUUCUACAGUUCCCUGAUUGCUGUUCUUUGGCGAAGCUCUGGGAUGCGUCGUUCCACCUCCUCGAUGGACUUUGCGGAAGUGGCAAGCAUAUCCCUGCCGCUCCUGCGGCGUUUGGGUGGCAAUAGCUGCCACACUUGGCUGCGCCCCACCUGUGAUUGCCACCGCCACCACCACCAUCAUCAUCACCAGGUGUCGGAGCAUGCGAGAUCGGCUCCAAGCUAUUAUCCUGCCCCCAAGAGCUCUGCCUCCUCCGCCUCGCCAGGCACCUUUGUGAGCGUUGCCUUCCUGGUGCUGCCAUUUCUGCCCGCGAGCAACCUGCUCUUCUACGUGGGAUUUGUAAUGGCCGAAAGGGUACUCUACCUGCCAAGUGUGGGCUACUGCCUGCUCCUUGGCCACGGCUUUGGCAGUCUCUGGCAGAGGGUCCAUAGCUCACGGCUAUCCCGGAUGCUGCUCCUCUGCGGCCUGGCGCUGCUCCUUGGGGUCCAUUGCCUUCGCACUGUGAGGCGCAACCUGGAUUGGAGGGACGAGGAGCAGCUUUUCCGAAGUGCAAUCAGCGUAAAUCCCCCGAAGGCUCUGGGCAACCUGGGCAGCGUUUUGAGCUCCCAAGGAAGAUACCAGGAGGCGGAAUGGGCUCUCACUAUGGCCCUUAGACAUCGCCCCACUAUGGCCGAUGCGUACUUUAAUCUGGGUGUGGUACACCAGAGACAACUCAACUUCAGUUCAGCAAUUUCCUGCUAUCGCACAGCCAUAGGAUUGCGUCCUCAGCUGGCGGUGGCCUAUUUGAAUCUGGGCACAUCCCUAAUGUCCCUUGGAGACCAUCGUCAAGAAGCCAUCUCUGUGCUGCGAACAGGAGCUCGUUUGGAUGGACAUGGAGUUCGGGAUCGGGCUGCACAUGAAGAGGCUCGUUACACCUGCUACCUGCAACUGAGUGGCCUGCUCCGCUCCGAGAGAAAUCUCUCAGAGGCUGCAUCAAUGCUCAAGGAAUCCCUGGAAGUUCUCUCCACACAGCCCCAAAAUCAUAGGGCAAUGCUGCACCUGCGUCUUGGUGAAAUCCAUGCCGAGAUGCAGCAUUGGAAUGAGGCGGAAUAUCAGCAGAGAAUGGCCAUGGAACUGCAACCGCAACAGGGAGCAGUAUAUGUCACCUUUGGCCAAACGCUGGCCAGGAAUGGAAGUCGCCUAGCGGAAGCGGAAAUGUGGUUCAAAAGAGCCCUGCAGCUGUCACCCUUGGAGGCUAGUUCACAUCAUCAUUAUGCUGACUUCCUGGAACAGCAGGAGCGUCAUCAGGAGGCCCUUAGCCUUCUGAGAGCCGCUGCUCUGGCACCCCAUGACUAUGUCCUGCAAUCCUCCGUGGCGGAUGCACUUCGUCUGCUAAACCGUCUGGUUGAAGCAGAACUGUGGUACCGAAAGGCGGUCAAUAUGCAACCCCUGGCGGCCCAUGCCCAUGCCAACCUGGGGGCCAUCCUGCAAAUGCGUGGCCUCCGAAAAGAAGCAGCCGAGUGCUAUUACAAAGCCUUGGAACUUCAGCCAGGACAUGCCAUUAGCCUAGCAAAUCUGGCCAAGAUAAACCAGCAUUGGGACACCAAAACGUAGCAGCGAUUGUCUAC